AUGUUAGGUCUGUCUGUCUGUCUGUCUGUCUGUCUGUCUGUCUCUCUCUCUCUCUCUCUCUCUCUCUCUGUCUCUCUCUCUCUGCUUCCUCCUGCACUGAGAAACGAACAUAAACUUUUCAAGUUCAAUCUCAGUGGGCCGACUUCCCAGGUCAAUAUUGUUUUUAAUUUAAUUUCUGCCUCUCUCUCUCUCUCUCUCUCUCUCUGUCUGUCUGUCUCUCUCUCUCUCUCUAUCCCUCUCUCUCUCUGUCUGUCUGUCUGUCUCUCUCUCUAUCCCUCUCUCUCUCUCUGUCUGUCUCUCUCUCUAUCCCUCUCUCUCUCUCUCUGUCUGUCUGUCUCUCUCUCUCUAUCUCCCUCUCUCUCUCUCUGUCUGUCUCUCUCUCUCUCUAUCCCUCUCUCUCUCUCUCUAUCUGUCUGUCUCUCUCUCUCUCUAUCCCUCUCUCUCUCUCUGUCUGUCUGUCUCUCUCUCUCUAUCCCUCUCUCUCUCACUGUCUCUCUCUCUAUCCCUCUCUCUCUCUCUGUCUGUCUCUCUCUCUCUAUCCCUCUCUCUCUCUGUCUGUCUGUCUCUCUCUCUCUAUCCCUCUCUCUCUCUCUUUCAUUACCAUUAUACUAUCUCUCUUCAACAAAUGAAGAGUUUCUAUCAACUAAAUUUACAUUUCAUCGAAAUGGCAAUUCCCUUUUUUCUUUUCUGGCCUCUUUUUCGAUCUAUUGCUGUUUGCGUCUUUCUAUUUUGAAGUUCUUCGUCAUUUUUCGUCUUUACUGUCUUUUCUUCCCGUCAUUCCUUUCACAUAACUUGCAUUUAUUAUUAAGUUCAUCCUCACAUUUCCUACGUUCAUUCUUUAGUUCUUUUCUUUUUUCUCUUUUCUUUAUUUCCUUCAUUUAUUCUUUCUUUUCUUUUCUUUUGCUUUCUUUAUUUCGUUCUGAUUCCCAUUCGUCCUUCAUUUAUUUUCUUCAUUCAUUCAUUCUCACUUUCUUAUUUCUCCUUGUUUUUUUUUCCUUUCGACUUACUGUUGAUCUCUUUCUCUCUAAUUCUUUCUUUCUCUCCUCUCCCAUUUACCUAUUCUCUAUCUCAAUCAAACUCUUUCUCCCUUCUCCCAUUUAUAUAUUCUUUGUGUCUCUAUUUCUCUCUUUCUCCCCUCUCCCAUGUACCUAUUCUUUGUCUCUUUCUCUCUCUUUCUCCCCUCUCCCAUGUACCUAUACUUUCUGUCUGUCCCUCUCUUUCUCUCCUCACCCAUUUACCUAUUCUCUAUCUCGAUCACUCUCUUUCUCUCUUCUCCCAUUUAUCUAUUCUUUGUGUCUCUAUUUCUCUCUUUCUCCCCUCUCUGAUUUACCUAUUCUCUAUCUCUCUCUUUCUCCGCUCCCCGAUGUAACUUAUUCUUUGACUCUGUCUUUCUCACCUCUCCGAUGUACCUUAUUAUUUGACUCUAUCUCUCUCUUUCUCUCCUCCCCUAUGUACCUAUUCUUUGUCUCUGUCUCUCUCUUUCUCCCAUAUACCUAUUCUUUGUCUCUAUCUCUCUCUUUCUCCCCUCUCCCAUGUAUCUAUUCAUUGUGUCUAUCUCUCUCUUUUUCACCUCUCCCAUGUACCUAUUCUUUGUCUCUAUCUCUCACUUUUUCCCCUCUCCCAGAUACCUUAUUCAUUCUCUAUCUUUCUCUUUCUCCCCUCUCCCAUAUACGUAUUCUUUCUCUCUAUCUCUCUCUUUCUCCCCUCUCCCAUGUACCUAUUCUUUAUGUCUAUCUCUCUCUUUCGCCUCUCUCCCAUGUACCUAUUCUUUGUGUCUAUCACUCUCUUUCUCCCCUCUCCCAUGUACCUAUUCUUUGUCUCUAUCUCUCUCUUUCUCCCCUCUCCGAUGUACCUAUUCUUUGUGUCUAUCUCUCUCUUCCUCCCCUCUCCCAUGUACCUAUUCUUUGUAUGUAUCUCUCUCUCUUUCUCCCAUCUCCCAUGUACCUAUUCUUUGUAUCUAUCUCUCUCUUUCUCCCCCUCUCCCAUGUACCUAUUCUUUGUAUCUAUCUCUCUUUCUCCCUCUCCCAUGUACCCUAUUCUUUGUGUCUAUCUCUCUCUUUAUCCCCUCUCCCAUGUACCUAUUCUUUGUAUCUAUCUCUCUUUUCUCCCUCUCCCAUGUACCUAUUCUUUGUAUCUAUCUCUCUCUCUCUCCCCUCUCCCAUGUACCCCUAUUCUUUGUGUCUAUCUCUCUCUUUCUCCCCUCUCCCAUGUACCUAUUCUUUGUAUCUAUCUCUCUCUUUCUCCCCUCUCCCAUGUACCUAUUCUUUGUGUCUAUCUCUCUCUUUCUCCACUCUCCCAUGUAUCUAUUCUUUGUCUCUAUCUCUCUCUCUUUCUCCCAUCUCCCAUGUACCUAUUCUUUGUAUCUAUCUCUCUUUCUCCCCUUUUCCCAUGUACCUAUUCUUUGUAUCUAUCUCUCUUUUUCCCCUCUCCCAUGUACCUAUUCUUUGUAUCUAUCUCUCUCUUCUCCCCUCUCCCAUGUACCUAUUCUUUGUGUCUAUCUCUCUCUCUCCCUCUCCCAUGUACCUAUUCUUUGUGUCUAUCUCUCUUUCUCCCCUCUCCCAUGUACCUAUUCUUUGUGUCUAUCUCUCUCUUCCUCCCCUCUCCCAUGUAUCUAUUCUUUGUCUCUAUCUCUCUCUCUUUCUCCCAUCUCCCAUGUACCUAUUCUUUGUGUCUAUCUCUCUCCCCCCUCCCCAUGUACCUAUUCUUUGUAUCUAUCUCUCUCUUUCUCCCCUCUCCCCCAUGUACCUAUUCUUUGUAUCUAUCUCUCUCUUUCUCCCCUCUCCCAUGUACCUAUUCUUUGUGUCUAUCUCUCUUUUCUCCCCUCUCCCAUGUACCUAUUCUUUGUGUCUAUCUCUCUUUCUCCCCUCUCCCAUGUACCUAUUCUUUGUGUCUAUCUCUCUCUUUCCCCUCUCCCAUGUACCUAUUCUUUGUGUCUAUCUCUCUCUUUCUCCCCUCUCCCAUGUACCUAUUCUUUGUAUCUAUCUCUCUUUUCUCCCUCUCCCAUGUACCUAUUCUUUGUGUCUAUCUCUCUUUUCUCCCCUCCCCCUCCCAUGUACCUAUUCUUUGUAUCUAUCUCUCUUUCUCCCCUCUCCCAUGUACCUAUUCUUUGUAUCUAUCUCUCUUUCUCCCCUCUCCCAUGUACCUAUUCUUUGUGUCUAUCUCUCUCUUUCUCCCCUCUCCCAUGUACCUAUUCUUUGUAUCUAUCUCUCUCUUUCUCCCAUGUACCUAUUCUUUGUAUCUAUCUCUCUUUUCUCCCCUCUCCCAUGUACCUAUUCUUUGUAUCUAUCUCUCUUUCUCCCCUCUCCCAUGUACCUAUUCUUUGUAUAUCUCUCUCUCUUUCUCCCCUCUCCCAUGUACCUAUUCUUUGUAUCUAUCUCUCUUUUUCUCCCCUCUCCCAUGUACCUAUUCUUUGUAUCUAUCUCUCUCUCUCCCCCCUCCCAUGUACCUAUUCUUUGUAUCUAUCUCUCUCUUUCUCCCCCUCUCCCAUGUACCUAUUCUUUGUAUCUAUCUCUCUCUUCUCCCUCUCCCAUGUACCUAUUCUUUGUGUCUAUCUCUCUCUUUCUCCCCUCUCCCAUGUACCUAUUCUUUGUGUCUAUCUCUCUCUUUCUCCCCUCUCCCAUGUACCUAUUCUUUGUAUCUAUCUCUCUCUUCUCCCCUCUCCCAUGUACCUAUUCUUUGUGUCUAUCUCUCUCUUUCUCCCUCUCCCAUGUACCUAUUCUUUGUCUCUAUCUCUCUCUUUCCCCCUCUCCCAUGUACCUAUUUUUUUAUCUAUCUCUCUCUUUCUCCCCUCUCCCAUGUACCUAUUCUUUGUAUCUAUCUCUCUCUUUCUCCCCUCUCCCAUGUACCUAUUCUUUGUAUCUAUCUCUCUCUUUCUCCCCUCUCCCAUGUACCUAUUCUUUGUGUCUAUCUCUCUCUUUCUCCCCUCUCCCAUGUACCUAUUCUUUGUGUCUAUCUCUCUCUUUCUCCCCUCUCCCAUGUACCUAUUCUUUGUAUCUAUCUCUCUCUUUCUCCCCUCUCCCAUGUACCUAUUCUUUGUGUCUAUCUCUCUCUUUCUCCCCUCUCCCAUGUACCUAUUCUUUGUGUCUAUCUCUCUCUUUCUCCCCUCUCCCAUGUACCUAUUCUUUGUAUCUAUCUCUCUUUCUCCCUCUCCCAUGUACCUAUUCUUUGUGUCUAUCUCUCUCUUUCUCCCCUCUCCCAUGUACCUAUUCUUUGUGUCUAUCUCUCUCUUCCUCCCCUCUCCCAUGUAUCUAUUCUUUGUAUCUAUCUCUCUCUUUCUCCCCUCUCCCAUGUACCUAUUCUUUGUGUCUAUCUCUCUCUCUCUUUCUCCCCUCUCCCAUGUACCUAUUCUUUGUCUCUAUCUCUCUCUUUCUCCCCUCUCCCAUGUACCUAUUCUUCGUCUCUAUCUUUCUCUUUCUCCCAUUUGCCUAUUCUUUGUCUCUAUCACUCUCUAUCCUAAUCAACAUAUCUCUCACUGUCAGUCAAAUUCACCAGCUCUCUUCUUUUUACACUUCUCUAUCUUGCCCUCUCUUAUUCUCUCUACACAACUCCUCUCUUUCUCUCCCUCUGUCAAUUUAUACCUCACUAAAUACUUUUCUCUCUCUUUUCUAUUUCUUUGUCUUAUCUUUCUGUUGCUUUGUUUCCCGCCCUUUUCUCUCUUUGUCUUUCUUUCUUUCUUUCUUUUUCUCUCUAGUCUUCUCAUUUUCUCAGUGGUGUCUGGUUUCUUUGUUUCUUCCUUCCAUCUGUUCUUUCUUUCUUUCUUUUCUUUUCAUUCUUUGUUACUUUUUGUUUGUUUCUUUCUUUCUUUUUUUGCUAUGUCUUGAUUUCUUUUUUCUUCCUUUGUUUCACCAUUCCUUGCUUCUAUUCUUUCUUUUUUCUUCUUUUCUUUCUUCUUUCUUCUUUUCUUUCUUCCUUUUUUCUUUUUUUUCAUUUAUUUUAUUUUCCUUCCUUCCUUCGUUCUUUCCUUCCUUCCUUCCUUCCUUCCUUCCUUCCUUUUCUUCUUUCUUUUUUGUAGGUUUUUCUGUUUCUUCCCUCCAUCCGUUCUUUCUUUCUUUUUUCUUUUGUUUUUCAUUUCUAUGCGCCUUUUUCUUCCUUUCUUUCUUUCUUAUUUUCUUUUACUUAUUAUUUCAUGCUUUCUUUUUUCCUUCUUUUUCCCUUAGUUCCUUCUUUCUAUUCGUUUUAUCUUUUUUUCUUUCUUUCUUUCUUCUUCUUUUUCUUUUUUCGUCUUUUGUUUCUUUCUUUCCUUCGUUUCUUUCUUUCCUUCUUCCUUUCAUCCUUUUCUUCUCUUUUUCUUUUUAG